AUGGCGGCGACGGCGACGGCGGCGGCGCUCCGGUGCUGCUUCCCCGGCUCCUCCGGUGUCGGCAGUGGCUUCGUCAAGCCCACCUCCUCCAGGCGGGGCUGGUGCGCAGCGGCCGUGGCGGCGCCGUCGCGGGAGGCGGAGCCGGUUUCGUCGCUGGGGCACCGCACCCGCGUCGACUUCCCCAUCCUUCACCAGGAAUUCGAUGGUACCAAAUUAGUUUACUUCGACAACGGUGCAACAUCACAGAAACCUUAUAGUGUGAUGAGAACAUUAGAUGAGUACUACCGAUCGUACAAUUCGAAUGUUCAUCGUGGUAUUCAUGCACUCAGCGCAAAGGCUACUCAUGCAUAUGAGGAUGCAAGAAGAAAAGUUGCAAAUUUUGUCAAUGCAGCUGAUAGCAGAGAGAUUGUUUUCACUCGAAAUGCUACAGAAGCUAUCAAUCUGGUAGCCUAUUCAUGGGGACUAUCUAACGUGAAAGAAGGAGAUGAAAUUGUCCUUACAGUUGCGGAGCAUCAUAGUGCUAUUGUUCCAUGGCAAUUUGUUUCCCAGAAGACUGGUGCCACCUUAAAGUAUGUUGGAUUGACUAAAGAAAAUGUCCCAGACAUUGAGCAGUUAAAAGGGCUUCUGUCGAACAAGACAAAGAUAGUUGUUGUUCAUCAUGUCGCAAAUGUUCUAGGUUCCAUGCUUCCUAUCGAGGAGAUUGUAACAUGGUCAAACAGAGUUGGAGCUAAAGUCCUUGUAGAUGCUUGCCAAAGUGUUCCCCAUAUGCCAGUUGAUGUUCAGAAACUUGGCGCAGACUUUCUUGUCGCAUCCUCUCAUAAGAUGUGUGGCCCUACAGGCGUCGGAAUUUUGCAUGGUAAAUUUGAGAUUUUGUCAUCUAUGGAGCCUUUCUUAGGUGGUGGUGAAAUGAUUGCAGAUGUAUUCCAAGACAGAUCCACAUACGCCGAGCCUCCCUCUAGAUUUGAGGCUGGAACUCCUGCAAUUGGAGAAGCUAUAGGAUUGGGAGCAGCCAUUGAUUAUUUGUCAUGCAUUGGCAUGGAGCAGAUCCAUGAAUAUGAGAAAGAGUUGGGGACAUAUCUCUACGAAAGCCUUCUUUCUGUUCCAAAUGUCCAGAUAUAUGGUCCAGCACCUUCCCAAACUGUUCACCGUGCUCCGUUGUGUUCUUUCAAUGUGGAGAAUGUUCAUCCGACAGAUAUUGCUGAAAUUCUUGAUCUGCAGCACGGCGUAGCAAUUCGGUCAGGGCAUCACUGUGCACAGAUUUUGCAUAGGACCCUUGGUAUCACUGCAAGUGCUCGUGCAAGUCUUCACUUCUACAAUACAAAAGAUGAGGUGGAUACCUUCAUCGAUGCGCUUAAAGCCACUAUUGAUUUCCUCACGACUCGAUACUAG